AUUGCCUUUUUUUUUUGCUUUCAACUCUGUUUGGGUGGAAGUUGCAACGUGUCGCCGCUUUUUUUCAGGGUCCGCGUGUUCGAGUACCAUUUUCUCCGGAAGCACCGAAAUCGCGUCAAUCCCAUCGGCACAACAUCUCUAUCAUCGCUGCAGACAUACGGUCCCCAUACCCGGCUUCCGCGAUGUCGUCCAGCGCGACGGAUAUCCUGAAGGCGCUGCCGCUGCCCAGCUUUGAGCGACCGUUCGGCGUGAAGUUAUGGCCUCUCUUCGACAUGGCCUUUACUCCGGUCAUGGGCUAUCAUCCGCAGGACUUCGACUUCCAGCCGCGAGUUACCCCAAUGUCGACGCUGAAGGAGGCCGGCUUCACUAUUCUUGCAUACUACAUUGUAAUUUUUGGCGGGAGGGAGAUAAUGCGCAACCGUCCAGCCUUCAAGCUGAACCUACCCUUCAUGAUCCACAACUUCUACCUUACGAGCAUCAGCGCGGUUUUAUUAGCGUUAUUCCUGGAGCAAUUGAUUCCUACGCUCUACAACCAUGGCCUCUUCUACACUAUCUGCGACGUUAAGGGUGGCUGGACACCGAAUUUGGUGAUCCUCUACUAUCUGAACUACCUCACGAAAUACCUCGAACUUAUUGAUACAAUCUUCUUGGUGCUGAAGAAGAAGCCAUUGACCUUCCUGCACACCUACCACCACGGCGCAACAGCGCUCCUCUGCUACACCCAAUUGAUUGGCUUGACAUCAGUAUCAUGGACCGUGAUCACCCUCAACCUGUUUGUCCACGUUGUCAUGUACUGGUAUUACUUCCAGAGCGCGCGGGGAGUCCGAAUCUGGUGGAAGGAAUGGAUCACCCGUCUGCAGAUCAUCCAGUUCGUGAUUGCACUCGGGUUCGUCUAUUUCGCAUCUUACACCUACUUCACCUCGACAUACUUCCCAUGGAUGCCUAAUCACGGCAAAUGCGCCGGUGAGGAGUUUGCCGCCUUCUCGGGCAUCGGUGUCAUCAGCUCUUACCUCCUCCUGUUUAUCUCCUUCUACAUCGCAACCUACAAGAAAGAUGGAAAGCGCCCCACAGGCCGCAAGGCUGCACGCUCGCUCAAGGAUGCGGAGCUCCCAGAUAUUGCAGCUCUUACCCAUGGAAAGAUCGUGCCCGAGAAGAAGAACGGCCAUGCAAAUGGAACCAACGGACACGCCGUCUCAUCCGCCACGCCGGGCCGCCCUUCGACCCGCUCGCGCAAGGCAUAGAUCUGAGUAGAUGAGACGAAGCCGGUCAGAACCGGCGAUGACUGUGGCCUUGGAAGCAGUCUAGAGAUAGAAACUGGAUCUACUUCUCUGUACAAUAUACCAAACGGCAGGACUGGAGGAGUACCAUCCCGUCAUAGAAAACUCGUUAAUGUCAGAUCAAAGCAAGCAUGGGAACGCACGGGGCAUGGGAGGGCACAUGGGUCAUCAUUCUCCCAUAUGUUUAUUUUCCUUUUGUAUUACACUUUGUGCAUGAAAGAAAGACGUCUACUUGGUGCGGUGUUGGUGGUUGGGAUGGGGAAUGGGUGAAAGAGUCAAUCCAAUGUUCAAUGAACAGUGAAUGAAUAAUAGGGUCCAUAAUAGACGCCGAAUCCUGAUUGCCGUGCCUCAUUUCUUCCUUUCCCCCUUACCAUAAUUAUAUCUAUUGCAACACGGCAUUGAGUGGUUGCUUUACAGCUAUUUUAGACGGUUAAGCAAGAAGUCGAGCAGGGCCUCGCUUAAUU